AUGUCUCAGCCUGAUACAAUUAUGAAGUGCAUAGGAACUCAACCUAAGAAUGCAACUCAGCAUCCAGAACACAUUUUGACUGAGGGUCAUGGAAAGAGAUGUACCACUGCUCAAAAGGCUGCUGACAAUCAACAUGAAAGAGAGGCAAAGGAAAUGCAGGCUGACCAAGAUGCUGCAUGCACUGAUGCACCUAAGUCUAAGUGUCCUCAUGCACGCCCAGUGGGGAAAGCUGGAAAUACCUUGAAGACUUCCAACUCAACUAUAGAUGGUGGACAGGCAGAGGUAAAAAUCGUCACUGAUAAGCUGGUUGACACCAAAGGCCAGGGUGUAGGUGAAAAGCUAACAGCUGGUGCUAAUGUCAAACAUCCUGCAAGUGAUGAGGAGUUGGAGGUGCUAGUAGCAACCAAACCUAAGAAGAAAAGGGCCAACAAACAGGUGGUGAGAGAUGCAAUCAAAGCCUCUGGCACCAUUAUCAAUGGAUCAACCAAGGCACAUGAUAGGGAUGUUGGCCAAAAGACAUCUGAUGUGUAA